UAUUGAGAAAAUUUUAUUAUACACAAACAACGAACUCUUCGGGAUGAAGGCUUUGUUAACUAUCAUCUUCUGCAUCGUUGUUUCCUUAAGUUACGUGAAUGGAAGACCAGGACAACACAGAAGAGCUUUUAUUGGAGUCGUUCGUGCUUUCAAUGAACUGUGUGGUAACACUACAGGUAUCGACCCUGAUAGCUGCAUCGCUGAGUUGGAGACAGAGGAUAAAACCGCAUGGGAUGAUUGUUUAACAGCUGGGAAUUUCACAGAUAACAGCGGUCUUCUCACAGCUAUCUGUCAGAAUCGGAGCAACUUCAGAAAGAUGAGAAGAUGUAUACUAACAGCCGCAACGACAAACUGGGAAAGUGAAAGAGGCAGGAUUACAUCAGAAAUAAUAUCUCUAAGAGGUAGGGAAAGAAGAACCAAGAGGCGUCAGAUGAGGAACGAUUACUUUUCAGCGAAAAUCACAGCAGCAAAUAACGCACAGAAAUGUGUGACAGCCUUAGGAGCAUAACAGAUUCUGACUCGAUCAAUCAGACCAGCUAAUCUCGAUAGCAGAAACGUCUUUUCACAUUUAAAUAACCUCUUGCUUUGAGAAUUGUUCUUUAUACAAUCGUCUCAUAAUUAGUGCCUAUUAAAGCUUAUUGAAAAU